UCACCUCUGUGAUUUACAGACUUUCCUGACGGACAGUAAAGUAUACGGCUGCAAGCUGUAGCUGCUGUUAGCUUAUGUUAGAGGUUUGUUAGCUGUGCUGCCUAGACUGUGAGCUCACAGCAUUGGGAGGAGUGUUAGUGUUUGGACCACCGGGAAGAGGAGCCAGUGUCGUGCCAGAACCAGAGCUGAGCAAGCAGGCAAUAUAACUGGGCUCAGCAUCCUUUUGUGGACAUGAUCAAGUAAUGAAAUCAUAACAAACACGUGUACAGCUGUCCACAUUUACCACAGCAGGGUUACACUCUAAACUGGGGGCAACAAAUCACAGAAAAACACAAAUCUCUCUGUAAUGUCCCUUUAAUGUGGAAGUAUUGCAAAUUAUGCAUGCACUGGUUUAUUUUUAGAAUAACUGAGCUGAGCUCUGAAGAAUGCAUGAUGUAUCACUGAUGCGUGUAUUUAUUCUCUGCAAACUAAAAGGACUGUGUGGCCUGAUGAUGCAGAGGAUAACAUGAAACGUCACAGGUCUGCGUGUGGCUGCGAUGACGCAGAGCAGCAGGGGGAGCUGACCUCCACCAGGCUGCACCCUCAUUGGCUGACAGAGCUGUGGGCGGUUUUGCGCUGACGUUGUCCAUACUCAGGAUUAACUUGUUUCCAUGCCGCCAUAUCUCCAACAUUUUUUACUUGGGAUAGCCCGAUCAGCUGAUGUUUGUUGAUGUAGAGUAUUAACCAGCUGCUUUGAACCUUUUUCAUUGCUCUCGUGUGUUGCGCAUGAAACUGCGGACGGUUCGCCCCGGUGCGCAUGGAUGAGGAGCAGGUGUCGCACUGAGCUCACAGUGCUGAUGUCCUGUCACGUUGAUGGGGGCCGACGGCAGUAAGAACAGGAAGAGGCCCGCUGAAGGGCCGGAGGAUGAGGACCUAUCAUCUGGAUGGCGUGGCUUCCUCUCCAGCAUGGGUCUGUCUCUCCCAGCCAGCCUCUGUCGCCUGGCUCCUCCUGCCCUGCGUCUGGGCCAGCGUCGGAUGCUCCAAGGCAAAGCCCCCGACAUCCCAGAGCAUGUCCUGAGGUUGGCGGGAGUUGGUCCAGACAAGCUGAGAGCAGAGUGGAGCCUGCCGGGAUUCAUUGCCAUGUUCUUGCCUGAAUUCCCCCACAAAACUGUGCCUGGGCACGAACACUUUCAGGUGUUGAGUUACAUCGCCAAAGGUUCGUUUGGACCCAUUCUGAAAGUGAAGGACAAGAUCAAACAGAAAACAUACGCUGUCAAGGUUAUACCUAAAUCUGAGAUUCUAAGACUCGGGGUCUUGGAGCAGUCAAAAGAAGAAGUUAUUGUUCAGCGUCAGGUGCGGCAUCCAUUUGUCCACGACCUCCAGGACUGCUGGCAGACACAGCGCCACCUCUACAUUAUGUGUGACUACUGCAGCACAGGAGACCUGUACACCUACUGGCAGAUGAUCGGUCAGUUCACAGAGGACACAGUACGAGUGUUUGCAGCGGAGCUGGGAUGUGCGCUCGGAUUUCUGCAUGACUUUGGGAUCAUCCACCGAGAUGUGAAGUUGGAGAAUAUCCUGCUGACAGACGACGGACACCUCCGUUUGGCUGACUUUGGUUUGUCCCGUCGCCUGGAGAGAGGAGGAAGAGCUUUUACCAUUUGUGGAACCAUCCAAUAUAUGGCCCCAGAGGUGCUGAGUGGCGGACCCUACAACCACGCAGCUGAUUGGUGGUCACUGGGAAUUCUGCUUUUCUCAUUGGUUACUGGGAGGUUCCCCGUGACUCCAGAAUCAGACCACUGCAGUAUGCUGAGGAAAGUGAGGAGUUUUCCCUAUGAGAUGCCCCUCAGCUUCAGUCCCCCCCUGGCCUUGCUAAUAACCGAGCUUUUGUGCAAGACCCCCACCCGCCGCCUGAGGACCCUUGAGCGCUUCAAACGCCAAACCUUCUUUCACGGAACAACUUUUGACCUCACGCUACUGCAACGCCAGCCUGUGCAGGUGAUUCUGGAGCUGAGAGAGAGACCGGACCGAGCCGCCAAAGCUCGACGAGGCCUCACUUUAUCUCUUCAGCCUCUCAAGGGGUUCGACUACGACUUGUUCCUGAGCCCUCCCGCCACACCUGACACACACCUGGAUGCCAGCACACAAACUCACACAGCUGCACCGCUGCCUAGCCCGGCACUCCCACUGCAGCCCUCUCAGGAAAAAGGUCCACGCAGAGAAGUGUUUGUGUGACGGAGUUUGAGUUUACAGUUAGGGCACUAACGCACUAAAGGUUAAGGCCUACAUGUAUGUAUAUCUGCACACUUAUUCACCCUUACACAGAGGUGUGGUGCGCAUUCUAAAAUGUCUUAUUUAGCUGAUUAUGAUUGAACUGGAUCUAUAGUUUAGAUGGGAAUAAUGAAUUUGUGUAGAGAACACCAUUUCCCACCUUGUAUUGGCAAGUUUUAUGAUUUUUUGUGAUGUACUGAACAUUUUUUUCCUCUCUUUUUACUCGUUUGCCUUUCUCCAAAGAGCACCUUUUUUUAAGUUUACUGUAUUUGCUCAACAGUUGUGAAAGAAAGAUUGCACUAUUGUUCAUCUACUUUCAAUUUUCCAGUGACUGGACAUGGUUGCCCUUUUAAUACAUAAUGCUUAACUGCUAUCGAAUUCACCUCACAUGGAAAAGUCACGCUGAUUGAAGACAACGCACCAAAUUUCAAAAGUUAAAUGCACAACGUUCAACAAAACAAGUUUAUUUCCGAGCCUUUAUAUUUCAUUACGCUGUGAUCUUUGUUAUAAUUCCUACUCUGUACCUUUAUUAAUGCUGAGAUAUAACCUUUCCCAAACUUGACCUUUACAGCCCAGAUUCUGUAGCAGCAGCCAUGUCUCUCCUCCUGUACUGUGUAAAAAUCACACAAACAUACAGCAUCAACAUCAAAAAACACCUUUAACGUCUGUUUUACUUUGAAUCCUUUUUUAACCUGUGACUCAGGGGAGGGUUGUCCCAACUCAGCCAAGUCAACACUUGUUUACCUCCAGUUAACCUUUUGAUAGAUACAGAGCUUUUUCUAUUGCCCAAGGCUGCCGUAACCCUAGCCAGUAAUUGCGACCUCAUGCACUUACCCGAUGAUCAGAUUAUAUUAUGAUUUUGUGAAGUAUGCCCUGGUAUGUACCUAGAAUGCCUCACGUGUCACCCUGAGCUUGUUUUCGUUUGUUUUGUCACAAAAAUGCUAAUUUAUAAAUUCCUAUUUAUAAAGUUUAUAUGAAAUUUUGAAUGCUAUUUGGUGUUCUGUGUUCUGUUACAAUGUAUUUUUGUAAUUACCAUGGAGCACAGAUGGACUAUUAAACUUUUAAGGUGCAGCGAUGUGCU